GUGGUACUCCAAACAUUCAUUAUGUUUUCUAUUGUUUGGAUGAGCGUUGCUUUGAUUGCCGUCGCUUCGGCGAGCGACUAUCAUGAUCACGAACCUCACAGGACCUACGAGGAAAAAGUUAACCCCGUGGAAGUUCCAGUUUACAAAAAAUACGCGAUACCUAUACCACAUCCAGUAGCGGUUAAAGUGCCCCAAGAAAUAAAAAUACCCAUGCCACAACCAUAUCAUGUACCUGUGCAGAUCCCACAGCCUUAUCCCGUUGAAGUUAUCAAGCAUGUGGAUGUUCCUGUUGAAAAACCCGAACCUUUCGUUGUUGAAAAAAAGGUACCUUUCAUUGUCGAGAAGCCAUACGCUGUCGAGUUAAUUAUGAACCAGCGGGUUAUUGUUUUGCUAGCUAUUUGUUUUACAACGACAGCUUCCGAAAAUCAAAACAUUCCUCAGCGAGUUAUCGUUGGUGUUCCGGAACACAUAAGAGUACCGGUACCCGAGCCUUAUCUAGUCCAAUUCCAAGUUCCUCAUCCAUUCCCCGUGGAGGUAAUUAAGCAUGUGGAAGUCGCUGUUGAAAAACCAGAACCUGUUGUUGUUGAUAAACAGGUUCCGUACAUUGUAGAGAAACCAUUUGCUGUUACAGUGGAGAAACAUUUUCCUGUAACAAUACCAAAACCAUAUCCGGUCCAUGUUCCAGUCUACAAACACGUCUUUCACCAUCAGUUUAAAUCAAAAGGACGAAAGCAAUAA